UCGUGUUUUUCUGACAGAAGCGAUGCGAAAAUUUUGUUUGCAAACAGAGUCCUGUUUAAAAAUAGAAGCAUCGAAAUCGAUCCUCACCGUUCCCCGAUGUCCUCCGCCGAGGAACUGGGCCUGUGCCGUGUCUGUGCCAGUCCGUUCGAGGGCUCCGCCAUGUUCCGGCUGUUUGACGAGGCGGUUGGCCCGCUGGCCUUGGCCGAGAUCUUCCUGCAGGUGGCCGGAAUCGUAGCGGAUUCCAGACUGCCGAAAAGUUGCUGCUCUCGUUGCCGGAACCGGCUGCAGGAGGUGGAAGAUUUGAGGACGCUGUGUCAGGAGUCGGACAGGAAGUUGCGCAAAAUGGUUGGCAUUGAGGUAAAAGAAGAAGAGCCGGAUGAGGAACUCAAUGGGAGUGGUAUUGAGGCUAUUCCCAAGGUAGAGAUGAUUGAAUUGCCGGAAACGUACUCGUACUGGGAUGAUGCGGAAAACAGGUUGAGCUCCAGUGACGACGAUAGUGAUCCGGAGUAUGUGGCGAAAGAGGAAAAAGUUCGGAAAACAAGAAGCAGAAAGCAAGAGAAGGCCGAAACAAACAGACCCAGCAAAAAUCUACGGAGAUCGACGCGAGAAAACCUCUCAAAACCAGAAGAAUCACCAGAGAAACCAGAAAAGGAGCCCAUUAUUGAUGGUGGGACAGAAAAUCAAGAAUCUGACCACUCCUCAGAUGACUCCGACGGAGACGAUAGUGAUCCCGAUUUUCAAGAGGAAAAGCCACCGAAUACCGCAAAGAAACUUAAGAAAGAUAACGAUAAACCGAAAGUAGAGAGAAAAAAGAGAACUUCCGAGCCCAAGCAAAAGCUGCCCAAGGAAGCGAAAAUAUUCCAGUGCGCAUGGUGCGGUCGCUUCUUCAAAACCAAUCACAACCUGAAGGAACACGAAACAACUCAUUCGUCGGACAAACCUCUCAAAUGCCACAUUUGCCCGAAGGAAUUCGCCCGACGAGAUUACUACAAACGCCAUAUUAAAAUGCACGAAACCGAGGGCAAAUUCAAAUGCAACGAAUGUGACAAGGCGUUCCACUGCAACAAGCGGCUGGAGAACCACAUCAGCGUGAAGCAUCGAGGCGAGCGGCCAUUCCAGUGCACAUUGUGUCCGAAAACGUACCCUAGCGCAUCGUCCCUGUACGGGCACGUGCAAACGUUCCACGAGAAGAAGCAACCGUUCAAGUGUGACGUCUGUUUGCGCACCUUUUACUCCAAGUACAUCCUGGAUCGGCACAAGAUGAAGCACAAGGGCAUCAAGUCCAGCCAGUGUCCGCACUGUGACAAAAAGUACGAGUCGAACAACUAUCUACAUCAGCACAUUGCCGAGCGGCAUCCGGAAAAGGCGGGAGAUAUCUCGCGCUGUCUGUACUGUGGGCUGGGCUACACCACCGAUAGCCACUACCGGAAGCAUGUGGCCAAGAAGCAUCCGGAGCAUUUGGCUGAGCUGGAUCAGGUUUUGAAAGCGAAACGAGAUGCACUGAAUAAUUUUAAUUGAAUAAACUUAGAUCUGUAAGCGAG